CACAGCUCGACGCCAUGGCAAGAACCAAGCAGACCGCCCGCAAGUCCACUGGUGGCAAAGCGCCCAGGAAGCAGCUCGCCACUAAGGCUGCUCGCAAGAGCGCCCCGGCUACCGGCGGCGUGAAGAAGCCUCACCGUUACAGGCCUGGCACCGUGGCUCUGAGGGAGAUCCGCCGUUAUCAGAAGUCUACUGAGCUGCUUAUCCGCAAGCUGCCCUUCCAGCGCCUGGUGAGAGAAAUCGCUCAGGAUUUCAAGACCGACUUGCGUUUCCAGAGCUCGGCCGUCAUGGCCUUGCAGGAGGCUAGCGAGGCGUACCUGGUCGGUCUGUUCGAGGACACCAACCUGUGCGCCAUUCACGCCAAGAGGGUGACCAUCAUGCCUAAGGACAUUCAGCUGGCCCGCCGUAUUCGCGGAGAGCGCGCUUAAACCUCAAUUCUGUCUAACGUACACAAAGGCUCUUUUAAGAGCCACCACAUUCUCUCGGAUAAAUGAGCCCUUUUUCAUAUCUGUCUGUGUGUACUCAGAGUUUGUUGUAUAAAGCUCACUUUGUGUUUGUGUGUAUAAUAUUAAAAUAUAUAAUCACAUGUAUGUAAAAUGUGAAUCUGCUUAACAGAAAUGAUUUACAGAGUGUUUGUGUUAGGAAUAUUGUGUUCAGGGAUAAGAAGAGUAAUUGAAAAUAAAUACACAUUUAUUUGUA